AUGAGUCAAGAAGAUUUUCAUUCAAAGACUGAAAUUGAAAGACUACGGGACGAAAAUGCUGUAUUGCGCUCUAUCCUUAUGACGAAAUUCACCUGCCCAGAUUGUUCAACAAAUGGAAACGUGUAUGAAGAGCUCAGUCGAAUUCGAGCAGAAUUAUUCAGAUUGAAUCAGAAGCAACAGGAGGAUACAGAUAGAAACAGAAAACUGAUCGAGAAGAUACGUUCAGUAUUGGUGAAACGGACCGAAGAAAAACGAGCGAUUACUGCGAACAAAACGUCGAACCUUGAAAAUGUCAUUGAGCAGCAUCGAAACGAGUUAUUCUCACCACUUCCGCCGUCGCCAAAAAUAAAGUCGAUCGAAGAGAGAUUUUCAGGAGAAUGGAAGCUGACAUCGUCUGAAGACUCCCUCCGAUACAUAAAAUUUCGCAAUUUGUCACGGAAAGAUUUCUUAGACAACAAAGUUUUCAUAUGGAACGGAACAAACAUAGUUCUCCCACCGGAGCCAGAAGUCGACGCAGAUCCGAAUUUGGUCGCAUUCACUCAUUUGGAAAAUGGAAAUUUAAAAACCGUGUUGAAAAGAAAGAAUAAUGAUAGAGCUGAAGUUACAAUUGGGAGAUUUUUGGAGAACAACGAUAAUUCGAUGACUAUCAUCGCUUCUUUCAACUUGUUUUACAAUCUGACAAAUUCCAGGCAAACCAUAUCCUGCACUAGAAUAUACGAAAGAAUACAUAAAAUUCUUUAA